UGUCCCGGCCGUGCUCCCUUCUCCCCGUGGAUGCUAGGCCUCUCGGAGUGGAACAUAAAGCUUCUUUUCGUCACUGCCCUCAUCGUGGGCUCCGUCGUCUUCCUUCUGUUGCCGGGACUUUCCAUGGCCAAUGAGAAGAAGAAGGGGCCCAAAGUCACCGUCAAGGUGUACUUUAACCUGCGGAUUGGAGAUGAAGACAUAGGCCGGGUGGUCAUAGGUCUCUUUGGAAAGACUGUUCCAAAAACAGUGGAUAAUUUUGUGACCUUAGCUAUGGGAGAGAAACGAUUUGGCUACAAAGAGAGCAAAUUCCAUCAUGUGAUCAAGGACUUCAUGAUCCAGGGUGGAGACUUCAUUCGGGGAGAUGGCACUGGAGGUAAGAGCAUCUACGGUGAACGCUUCCCCGGUGGGAACUUCAAGAUGAAACACUAUGGGCCCAGCUGGGUGAGCAUGGCCAAUGCUGGCAAAGACACCAAUGGCUCCCAAUUCUUUAUCACACAAGUCAAGACAACAUGGCUGGAUGGCAAGCAUGUAGUGUUCGGCAAAGUUCUAGAGGGCAUGGAAGUAGUACGGAAGGUGGAGAGCACCAAGACGGAUGGUCGGGACAAGCCCCUGAAGGAUGUGAUCAUUGCAGACUGUGGCAAGAUCGAAGUGGAAAAGCCCUUUGCCAUUUCCAAGGAGUAAGGCCCCAGG